UGUCGGCUGAUAAUGUUAAAAUUUCCGUGUCCGCAGAUAAUGGCUGUACCCAAUUUGAAACUUACACAUUUUCUAGCAGUCUCAGACUCGAAUAAUUAUCUCCUGUCCUCGCACUAUCACGCCAGUUAUUCGCCGUUACCCGCCACAUGUCGUAGGUCAUCCGAAAUUUUUGUACGUUGGUCGGGAAAAUUUCGACAUUCAAGUGAAGAUCGCACAAGACGUUAAUUUUACUGCGCAAUAUUGCGAAUUUAUUGUAUUGAGAAAAUUUAGAAAUAUAUCACAAUGUCCAAAAAAAGACCCAGGGAUGUGUCAAAAACUACAAAUGAUGUAGACUUGCAUAUUAACAAUACAAAUUCGUUGAAAACAAUUGAAGAGGUAAAGCCUCAAAAUAUAACUGUUGCACCGUCAAUCUGCCAACCAGCUCCUUUUAGCACAGAUAGUGAUGCAAUAUAUGAGCGUAACUUAUGUGAUUAUAGUACAAAAAUCUCUAUGGAAAUGGCUAACUCUGGCAACGCGCCUAGAAAAAUCAGGGUAUAUGCAGAUGGUGUUUAUGACAUGUUUCAUCAAGGACAUGCCAGGCAAUUAUUGCAAGCCAAAACUGUAUUUCAAAAUGUUUAUUUGAUUGUCGGAGUGUGUAGUGAUAGAGUCACAAAUGCUCGAAAAGGGAAGACUGUAAUGAAUGAUGAAGAAAGGUAUGAAGCACUUAGGCAUUGUAGAUAUGUUGAUGAAGUUCUCAAAGACGCACCAUGGGAAAUUGAAGAUCAAUUUUUAACAGAUAAUAAAAUUGAUUUUGUUGCUCAUGAUGAUAUUCCAUACAUAAACGAAGAAGGUGAAGACGUUUAUAGAAAAUUAAAAGAAAAAGACAUGUUUGUUGGCACAGAGCGAACUGAAGGAGUGUCAACAUCUGAUGUUAUAUCUCGAAUAGUACGCGACUAUGAUAUGUACGUGAGACGUAAUUUGCAAAGAGGAUACAGUGCCAAAGAUUUAAAUGUUUCAUACUUGAGAGAAAAGCGGUUAAAACUACAGAACAAAAUGGAAGAACUUAAAGAUCGCAGUAAACGAGUUAUGGGUACCAUCGGUGAAAAAAGAGUAGACAUGUUACAGCGGUGGGAAGAGAAGUCUAGAGAUUUUAUCGUAUCGUUUCUACUGUUGUUUGGCAGAGAUGGGCCAAUUUCACAUUUUUGGAAUGAUAGCAAAGGAAAGUUACUGCAAGCAUUUUCUCCUCCUUCAAGUCCAACAGAAAGUGGAAGAACUACCCCUGAAAUUGAAUCGAGUAGUUCAUCAGAUGAAAACUUAAGGUCGCCGCCCAGAAAAAACUGCAGAAAAGGUCGAUAUUUGCAUGAUGACGACGAUGACGAUGAUGAGGAUGAGGAUGAUGAUGAUGAUGUUGAUGUUGGGAAUGAUGAUUUCUUGAAUGAAUAUGACUAUGCAAAUGGUUCAAAAACGAAAUCCUAGCACUAAAGUAUGCAGUUCAAUUCAAAAAAUACUAUUAGUGUAACAACAAUUAGAAUGAAAUAAUUACACAAAAAAAAAAGAAACAAUAUGAUUACUAAUAAUAUAAUGAUAUUCCUAAUUAUUGUUUUAUAUAAAACAACAAAUAUUUUUUUAAAUUUGUUUAUAUAAACAUACUAUUUUAUUGGAGUUUGAAAGAGGUAUAGUCAUAUAUUUUAUAAAUUAUUACCCCAAGAAUGAGUAAGUGUAGUACAAAACCUUUUACACUUUUUAGUAUGUGUAUACUAUAGUGUUAUUACAACAAAUGUUUUAUUUGCAAUGUUAAUUUAUUUAUUAUGUUCUAUUUGAUCUGAAAUUAGUUUAAUUUAUACAAUGAAAUAAAAAUAUUUAUGUGGAAUUAAAUAAUUUGAUUAAUGGAAUACUACUACAUUAGCUCGAGGUUUUAAUGCAAUUAUGGUAAACGUUAAUAGCAAAUGCAAAUAAGUAAUUAAAUGUUACUUUUAAUAAAAUAAUCAAUCCUGUAAGUAAUAACAAAAAGUUAAUAUUGUGUUUAAAAAAAAUACAUUCUCGUUAAGAUAUAUAUCAAAUAGUUCCUCUUGUCUAAUUUGUGAACUGUGGUUACAAAAUAAAAGAAUAUUUUUACAAAUUGGAAUAACUACUAUUAUUAUUAUACAAUAACCAACUAAUAAUGUGUGACAUAUUGUAAUCCUUAUAACGAUUUUGUAACAUUUAUAUAUACAUGUCAUAUAGUUUUAAAAAUUAUUUUUAUAACUUUAUUUCUAUUUAAAAACUCUUUAAUCUUUUUUAUUUAUAUUUAUUUAUUGUCACCAAAGAACUAAAGUAAUAGUUAAGUUAUAUUUUAUUGUUGUUAGUUAACUGUACUAAGUCAUAAUUAGUGAGUUAAAUUUUAUUGAUAGAACAUUUUUACGGUACAAGCGUGUAGAGCUCGGAGACAAUUCUCUCUAGUGCCUAGUUGUUCAAGUGUUAGUCAACGAAUAUGAAUUAGAUCAUACGUCAUGUCAUAUUAGUAAAAUAAAUUUAUAUUUUUUGUGAA